AUGUCUCUCAUUGCGCUGGUGCGCUUUCUUGGAAUUGUCCUCCAAGGUUUCCACCAAUGUUUCCAGCUACCUGCCCUCACCGCAAUUGGCGCUGCAAUCCCAGCCCUUGUCGCUGCGUUCACUCUGCGUCAGACUCGUGUGUUUGUCCGUGGUGAUCGCCAAGAUGCCCGAAUCAGAUGGUUCAAGCUGAUUACCCUGCUGCCCGAGUCUAAUUUUUACGAGUACAUGCGCGUGGAUCGACGGGUGUUUGACUACCUCGUGCGUCAGUACCAGCGGAGCUACCCCUCAAACCGCAAGCCUCUCGUGUUCAACUUCGUGUUUAUCGCCUUGGGACUGAGCCGACUUGGACAUGGCCUUUCCUUUCGCCAGAUCGGUCUGCACUUUGGCUGCAUUUAUGACUUCUACGUCGGAUGGCCCGGGAGCGUCAACGACGCUCGCGUUUUCCAGCACAGCCCGGCGCGACACAAGAUCGAACUAGGUGGGAUCUACGACUACGCCAUAGUCUCGGAUGCGGCCUACGGUCUGCGCAACUACAUACACAUGCCUUACCGGGCGCUGCUCUGUCGCACACUGCCGGACGAACAGCGCGUGUGGAACCUGCAGCAAUCCCGCGCCAGGAUGAUCGUGGAGCAGGUUAAUGGUCGGCUGAAGAUGCGGUGGCGGAUCUUGGACGGGCGAUUGGAGUGCGACAUCUUCCGCGCCCCCCAGUACGUCUCCGCCUGCAUCGUCCUGCACAACAUCGACCUGCUUCUCGGCCCUCGUCCUCGGCUUAUCCCUCCGCGAGAGCACAACACAUGGUGGCAGCACGGCCCCGCGGCCAAACUGCCGCACUUUUCGCCGCGCGACGAAGGCUUCACGCCGACUCGUCGUCGCGCUCGGAUGGCGGCGUGUCUCUAUGCCUCUUGGAGGCUCGGUCAUCCCGAGCUUGCUCAACCAACUCUUGGGUAUGAUCCAUGA